AGCCGGCAGUCCAGGAAGCUCAUCCUGCUGAUGGUGUUCAUCGCCCUGCUCCUGGACAACAUGCUGCUGACGGUAGUCGUGCCAAUAAUUCCCAGUUACCUUUACAGCAUCAAACAUGAGAAAAAUGCCACAGAAAUCCAGACUACUAAGCCUAACUUAGUCUUGGCAACGACGGACAAUUUUCAGAGCAUCUUUUCCUACUUUGACAACACAACGAUGGUUACUGGAAACGAAUCUGAUAACACAGAACCCAGUGAGCUGCAUCCUACUCAGACAGAACAAAUGAUAGUAAAUGUGACUCCUUUCCCACCUGACUGCCCUAAGGAAGAUGAGGACCUGCUGAAUGAAAACGUUCGAGUCGGUCUCUUGUUUGCUUCCAAAGCAACAGUGCAGCUGAUCACUAACCCCUUCAUAGGGCCGCUGACCAACAGAAUAGGCUACCAGAUUCCACUGUUCACUGGCUUCUGCAUCAUGUUUGUGUCAACAAUCAUGUUUGCCUUCUCUGGAAGCUACACAUUGCUGUUUAUUGCCAGGUCCCUUCAAGGAGUGGGUUCUUCUUGUUCUUCAGUGGCAGGGAUGGGUAUGCUUGCCAGUGUGUACACAGACGAUGAGGAGCGAGGCAACGCCAUGGGAAUUGCACUAGGAGGCCUGGCUAUGGGAGUAUUAGUGGGCCCACCUUUUGGGAGCAUCAUGUACGAGUUUGUGGGGAAGAGCUCCCCUUUCCUGGUGCUGGCAGUACUAGCUCUGUUAGAUGGAGCUGUUCAAUUAUUUGUUCUGCAGCCAACCAGACCACAACCAGAAAGUCAGAAGGGGACACCGUUACUGACACUUUUGAAGGACCCGUAUAUCAUUAUUGCAGCAGGAUCAAUUUGCUUUGCAAACAUGGCGAUUGCUAUGCUUGAACCAGCAUUACCCAUCUGGAUGAUGGAGACCAUGUGCUCAAAAAGAUGGCAGCUCGGCAUUGCUUUUAUUCCAGCUAGUAUCUCUUAUCUCAUUGGGACUAAUCUUUUUGGGAUACUUGCACACAAAAUGGGAAGGUGGCUCUGUGCUUUGAUUGGGAUGCUAAUCGUGGGAAUAAGUAUUUUAUGCGUACCAUUUGCUAAAAACAUUUAUGGGCUCAUAGCACCAAAUUUUGGAGUUGGAUUUGCCAUUGGAAUGGUGGACUCCUCCAUGAUGCCCAUUAUGGCCUACCUGGUAGACCUGCGCCACGUGUCGGUCUACGGCAGCGUCUACGCCAUCGCCGACGUCGCCUUCUGCCUGGGCUACGCCGUAGGUCCUUCUGCCGGUGGUGCCAUUGCAAAGGCCAUUGGAUUUCCAUGGCUCAUGACAAUUAUAGGGAUUGUGAAUAUCCUCUUCGCUCCCCUCUGCUUUUUCCUUCGCAGUCCACCUGCCAGAGAGGAGAAAAUGGCAAUACUCAUGGAUCACAACUGCCCUGUGAAAACAAAAAUGUAUACCCAGAACAACAUCCAGUCCUACCCCAUAGGUGAUGAAGAAUAUGAAAGCGAUUAA